AUGGAGAAGGAGUGGAACUCUUUCAAGAAGUUUAGCGCUGUGGAGAUCCUCUCAGAAAGCCAGAUCGCAGCUCUUCCUCAAGACGCUGAGAUUGUGAACACGCGAUGGGUUCACACUGACAAGAACCAGAAGCCGCGCUUGAUGGCUGGUGCAAUGCGGCGACGCACUGGGAAGUCUGAAGCUCAGAUCAAGAAGGAGUACCCCUUCGAAGCCAAAUCCAGAAUGGUUGUCAUUGGCUGCCAGGAGAAGGACACUGGCAUCAGAUCUGACUCUCCCACUGCAUCACUCCUGGCCUUCAAUUUUGUGACUUGUUUGUCAGUUAUUUUUCAGUGGAUUUUGGAAGCGUAUGAUGCGAGCACAGCAUAUCUCCAAUCUCAAGGAAUAGCACGUCUCCUGCUUCUCCGUCCUCCUCGACCACCACCUCCUGGAGUUUCCCCACAUGACUUGCUGCGUGCGAAAGGCAGCAUUUACGGCACGCGAGAUGCUGGCCGUAGCUGGUGGAAGAAACUUUUCAAAGCUCUCCAGCGACUUGGCUGGGUGAUGUCAAAAUUGGAAGCUGCACUGUUUUACCUUUUUGACUCUGAAGUUUUGGUCGGUGCGCUCGUAGCCCACGUGGAUGACCUUUAUUCCACUGGCACCGGAAAGAAGUAUGAAGAGUCCCUGAAAGUUUUGGAGAAAGAGAUUUAUUUGAAGAGGAAAGUUGGUGAUUUUCGUUUUUGUGGAAAGAAUGUGAAACAAAACCAAGAUGGAUCUGUUUCUUUGGACCAGAUCGACGCAAUUGAGAGUUUGGAAUACAUGGUUUUGCAGAAGAACAGGCGCGUCAUGCCGAAUGCGCCGUUGAAUGAGGAUGAGAAGUCAGCCUUCAGAGGGCUGAUUGGUUCACUUGGAUGGAUUGCCCGUCAGACCAGACCUGACGUGCUUGUGAACGUUUCCCUGGCAUCCCAAACAAUGGGAAAUCCGACGAUCAAGGAUGUCGUGGAGCUUAACAAGGUUGUCAAGGUUCUAAAGGAGAGCUAUGACUUCAAGUGGAACUUUGUCCCAAGCUCCAACCUCACUCUGGAGAAUGCCGUGGUGUUUUGCAUGGCUGACAGCAGUUUCGCAAACACGACCAAGCUGCGAAGCCAAUGUGGCUAUGUGGUUGGUCUGACCACUGCUGACUUCACCUCCGGCUAUGACACGCCGGUGAUGAUACUGGAGGCUUACAGCGGAAGCAUCAAGCGUGUUUGUCGCAGCACUUUGGCUGCAGAAACAAACGGGUUCCUCACCGCGACCGAGGCCGCCGACUAUGUGAGGAUGCUCUUGCUGGAAGUGAAGCAUCCAGGCGUUUCCAUGGUUGACUUGGAUAGGUUUUACCUGAAGGGCCUGCUGAUCGCGUUGACGGACGCGAAGUCCUUGGAAGCCACCUUGAACAAGGAUGCUGGCCAGCCUGCUGAUAAGCGAGUGAAAAUACUUGUCAGCCAGGUGAAAGAGUUUCUUGGCGGCGACAGCUAUGAAGAUGAUGGUUCAGUACGCUGCCAUUGGUGUGACACAUCGCAGAUGCUAGCCGACGUUUUGACGAAAGCUGGAUGUGAAAGAGAACCUCUUUUGGAUGCGAUGACCACUGGAAAAUGGCGCCUGAAACCAAGCGCCGAAGCCGAAGAAACCAAACAGAAGAUCCGAGAUGGAAGGAGACGCAGAAAAGCUGAGAAGCAAUACUCUGAAACUUUGCUGCGACAACGCAGUGGACUGGAUGGUGCUGCUGCAUCUUCCACGGCAGCCGAGGUUGGAGGUAGCAGCUUUGCGGAGAAUUUCCAGGGACCCUUUGUGCGACGUGGUCAAGCCUAUGAGGAUGGAAUCUAUUUCAGCCGGACAGAGGCGGCGAAGCCUGCAACAGCACCUGAGGAGAGGCCUUUGUCUCGGCUGCUGGUGGGGGACUUUGAAGCCUUGGGAAAAUACCUAGGUGGGAGAGGUCCCGUGGAGAACGCAGUUGUCGUUCUAUGUGAACGGCAGACCUGUCAAGGUUCAGGACGCUUUCGACAGGAUGCGGAACCGCAUCAUACCUUGCUAUGGUUCCUGCGCGAGCGCUUGGGUCUCACAGGCACCAAAUUGGGCUGUGGUGAAGGCGGUUGUGGCGCCUGCACCGUGACCGUGGCCAUGUUUCAGGACGGUGUCGUGGUGCACCGCGCAGUGAACGCCUGUUUGGCUCCCUUGUGUAGUGUGGAUGGUUGUCAUGUGACAACGGUGGAGGGUAUUGGCACAUCCAACAAACCCCACCCGGUGCAGCGACGAGUGGCUGAGCUCCAUGGCUCGCAGUGCGGUUUUUGCACACCGGGAAUUGUCAUGUCGCUUUACACCACCCUUUGCAGGACCUCUAAACCCACCCUCUCCGAGAUUGAGUCGAGUUUUGAUGGCAACCUUUGCAGGUGCACGGGGUACCGGCCCAUCCUGGACGCCGCCAAGACCUUCGUCUGCGACAAAGAGAAGUGUCCCAGCUCGGGGCUGGACGUGCCACCGCAACGUCCGGAGCAGGAGAAAGAUGUGAAAAUCUGCAGCACCACUGCAGAUGUGCUGAAAAAUCUUGCGGAUGAGAAGGUCCAAGAAGCUUCCUUUCCAGAGGCCUUAAAAACCCAGCUAGAACCUUUGAAGGUGACAGGGACAAAGGUGACGUGGUACCGCCCCACCGAUCUGGCCACCUUACUGAUGCUGAAAAAGGCCGAGCCCAAGGCCAAGAUGGUGGCCGGGAAUACGGAAGUGGGGAUCGAGACGAAGUUCAAGCAAUGCGAGUACGGGACGAUGAUCUCCACGUCUGCCGUGGCGGAAUUGCAGGAGCUGAGCAUCCGGAAUGGCGUGAUGACCAUUGGAGGUGUGGGUUGUCGCUUGUGGAGAUUUUCGUCAGAAUUUUGGUAA